UCCAAAAGAUCACUCUUCGAAACAUGGUUACAGAGAUUUCCACUGAAUUAAAGUCUUAAACUGAGACGCAAUUUCUCAAUAUAAUCAAUGACCCGAUUGUCGUUUUCCAUUUGGAGUAGUAGACAGAGAUUAGCUAAUCUCUUAAGAUAUUGUUCAAAAAACUCGUUGCUUGAUCAAGGGGUUCAAGUUCAUGCAGCUUGUUUGAAGACGGGGUUUGGUUUUGACUUGAUGUUGAGCAAUGAUCUUAUAGACAUGUACGCAAAAUGUGGUGUAAUGGACACUGCAUCUAUUGUGUUCGACAGAAUGACUGAAAGAAACGUGGUUUCUUGGACAGCGCUCAUGUGUGGCCAUUUGCAAAACGGUAACGCCACAGCAACAUUGUCACUUUUCUUUCGGAUGGUGUUUUCAUGUUUCAAACCAAAUGAGUAUACAUUUUCCACGAAUUUCAAGGCUUGUGGGAUUUUGAAUGUUCUUGAGAUUGGGAUGCAGAUUCACUGUAUGAGUGUAUUAUCUGGCUUUGAAAGUGUCCCUGUGGUGGGGAAUUCAAUAGUUGAUAUGUACUCGAAAUGCGGAAGAAUCGACGAAGCAGCAACUAUGUUUAAUGCUUUGCCAGUUAAGAAUCUAAUAAGUUGGAACACAAUGCUAGCAGGUUAUACGAUUGCUGGACAGGGCGAAAAAGCUUUACUUUGGUUCCUUAGAAUACUCGAAAAUGGACAGAUACCGGAUGAGUAUACAUUAACAACCAUGUUGAAAGCAUGUAGUCGUCUUGGUAAGAUUCGGGAAGGAUCGAUGAUUCAUGGUUUUCUGAUCACUAGUGGAUUUCCAUGUUCAGGUAAUGCAGCCAUUGCAGGCUCUCUUAUUGAUUUGUAUGUGAAAUGUGGGAACUUGGCCGAGGCUCGAAGGGUGUUUAAUCAGGUUGGAGAGAAGAAUGUGAUAUCUUGGAGUGCAUUAAUUCUGGGGUAUGCUCAAGAAGGGAAUAUGGCAGAGGCCAUUGAUUUGUUUAAGCAGCUUCAGAACAGCAGCAUGCAAGUGGAUGGCUUUGUUCUAUCGAGUAUGAUGGGCGUGUUUGCCGAUUUCGCACUCGUGGAGCAAGGCAAGCAAAUGCAUGCGUAUGCUGUUAAGAUUCCUUCUGGUUUAGGGUUAUCGGUGUCGAAUUCCAUCAUUGAUAUGUAUCUCAAAUGUGGACUCCUAGAUGAGGCUGAAAGAUUUUUCAAUGAAAUGCCAAUGAGAAAUGUGGUUUCUUGGACAGUAAUGAUCACUGGGUAUGGAAAACAUGGGUUUGGCAAAGAGGCGAUUCAUUUAUUUAACCAAAUGCAGUCGAAUGACAUCGAGCCUGAUGGGGUUAGUUAUUUGGCUACACUCUCAGCUUGUAGUCAUUCAGGACUCAUUAAGGAAGGUGAAGAAUAUUUCUCACAGUUGUGUCGUAAUCGAUGGAUUAAACCCAGGAUAGAACAUUACGCCUGCAUGGUUGAUCUUCUUGGUCGAGAUGGACGCUUGAAAGAAGCUAAAGAUCUCAUAGAAACCAUGCCAUUAAAGCCAAACGUAGGGAUAUGGCAAACUCUGCUUAGUGCUUGUAGAGUGCAUGGGAACUUGCAACUAGGGGAAGAAGUGGGAAAAAAUCUUUUGAUAUUGGAUGGCAAAAACCCUGUAAACUAUGUGAUGAUAUCGAACAUUUAUGCCGAGGCCGGAUACUGGAAGGAGUUCGAGCAAGUAAGAGAAAUGGAAAAAGCAAAGGGGUUAAGGAAAGAGGCAGGGCGUAGUUGGGUGGAGGUUGACAAGGUGGUCCACUUCUUCUACGGAGGAGACGACACUCACCCGAUGAUCGAAAAAAUUCAUGAUGUGUUGAAGGAGAUGGAGCAAAGGAUGAAACAAGAAUUGGGUUAUGUUCAUGAGGUGAAAUUCGCAUUGCGUGAUAUCGACGAGGAGUCGAAAGUUGAGAGCUUGAGGGCUCAUAGUGAGAAGUUGGCAAUCGGAUUGGCGCUUCUCCAUGGAGGUUGGGAUGAACCGAGAGUGAUACGGAUCUUCAAGAACUUGAGAAUCUGUGGGGAUUGCCAUGAUUUCAUAAAGUGCUUGUCGAAGAUCGUCAAGGUUGUUUUCGUGGUGAGGGAUGCUAAUAGAUUUCACCAGUUCAAGGAUGGCCUUUGUUCUUGCAGAGAUUAUUGGUAAGUGCUAAUGCUAUUUUGGCGUAUGCUUUCUUAUUCUUACGGUUCAAAA